CUCAGCAUUUGUACAAAGUUAUUAUAAUUUUGCAUGCAUACCAAUUAGUGAUAGUGUGUGGGGAUUAUGAUGCAUCAAAUUGUGUAGUGAAAAUUAAGCUAAAGGACUGGGUCAUAAUUGGUGCUUUCCACUGAAAGAGCUAUUUUGCAUUUCAACAUCCAUGUACAUGCCGGCGAAUCUCUUCAUGCUGAAACAAGGGUCUGUAUCAGUCUAGCGUUCUACGCAUAAAUACUUGUAUUCUUUGAGCGAUGAUUUGUACAUUUGUGAGGAAAGAUAAACCUCCUCAUAUCAUCUCCAGCAAGUUUCCAUGGUAACAUUUACAAGUAGCAUGUUAUGCCCUGCCCCUACAGUCUGCCCAGGUAGGCGGUGUGCAAAACUAAACAACAUAAGUCAAUAAAAUUGGUGAUGAGGUGAUGGAACUGAACUCAGAAAAAGGAUGAACCAGGUGGAAGUCAUGAGGGUACAUUUAUACACCAGCUACCUUAUGCUUGUGUUGUCCUCCUGCUUUUCCCCCACUGUGUCUUCUUUUUAUUCCUCCUCUUGUCAGUCACAGGGUCAGUUUCAUUUAAAUGGAAUACACAAAACUGGAGAUGUCAUCCUAGGUGGAAUUUUUCAAAUCCAUUUCUUUGCUGCCUAUCCUGACCUGUCCUUUACCUCAGAGCCACAUCAGCCAACCUGCUAUGGUUUUGAUGUAGCAGGAUUCAAACAGGCUCAGACCAUGGCCUUUGCUAUUGAUGAGAUCAACAGAAACUCCAACCUGCUGCCUAAUGUGACUCUGGGAUACAGUCUGUAUGAUAACUGCCUCCAAAUAGGAAUUGGCACAGCACUGACCUUAGUCAGUGGUCAAGAAGAGCAAGUUGCAUUAGAGGACAACUGUGUAGGAACUCCUCCAGUCCUAGGGAUUGUGGGCGAUUCUUCCUCUACUCGUACUAUUGCCAUAUCCACAGUCAUAGGUUUGUACAGAGUGCCUCUGGUGAGUUAUUUUGCCACAUGUUCCUGCCUGAGUGAUCGACAAAAGUUCCCAUCUUUCUUUAGGACGAUCCCGAAUGAUGCUUUUCAGGUGAAUGCUAUGAUUCAGAUUCUAAAACACUUUGGUUGGACUUGGGCAGGUCUGAUCAUCAGUGAUGAUGAUUAUGGAGUCCAUGCUGCCCGAUCCUUUCACUCUGAUCUGGGUCCAGCUGGUGGAGGUUGUCUGGCUUACACAGAGAUUUUGCCCAGUGGUGACGACCCUGCUGAACUAAGGAGAAUAGUGGAUGUGAUAAGGAAAUCUACAGCUCGAGUGGUGAUUGUGUUUUCAAAUAUAAGUCGUAUGAUUAUCCUCAUGAAAGAGGUGGUGAGGCAGAAUGUGACAGGUCUGCAGUGGAUGGGAAGUGAAGCCUGGGCAUCAGUUGAAGUGCUCCAGACUCCUCAAUUCAUGCCAUACCUGGGUGGAACACUGGGUAUCUCCAUCCGUCGAGGAGAAAUGCCAGGACUCAAGGACUUCCUGUUACAAAUACGUCCUGACCUGCAUCACAACAACACAAUGGAGAAUAGCAUGGUGAAUCAGUUUUGGGAACAUACAUUUCAGUGUAGAUUUGCACCACCUCCAGCAGGUUGGGUGGAAGCUGGAGGAGAAUUAUGCACUGGACAGGAGGUUAUAGAGAAUGUGGAGAAUGAAUUGGUGGAUGUUUCAGACCUCAGGCCAGAGUAUAAUGUGUAUAAGGCUGUGUACGCUCUGGCGUAUGCUCUUGAUGACAUGCUGCAGUGUGAGCCAGGGAGAGGACCUUUCAGCAACAACACCUGUGCUCAUUUACAAGGACUGGAGCCAUGGCAGCUUGUGUAUUAUUUGGAUAAAGUCAACUUCACGACAACAUUUGGUGAUCAAGUGUCAUUUGAUGAGAAUGGUGAUGCCCUACCAAUAUAUGACAUCAUGAACUGGGAAUGGCUCCCUGAUGGAAGAACUAAAGUUCAGAGAGUGGGUGACGUUAAGAGGUCAGCUUUCAAAGGUGAAGAACUCACACUGGAUGAAGACAAAAUAUUCUGGAACUUUGAGUCCAAACAGCCUCCUCGGUCAGUGUGCAGUGAGAGUUGUACUCCAGGUACCCGCAUGGCCACAAAGAAAGGAGAACCUGAAUGUUGUUUUGACUGUAUCCCUUGUUCUGAGGGAAAGAUCAGCAAUACAACUGACUCCAUGGAAUGCACCAGUUGUCCAGAAGAUUUCUGGUCCAGCCCCCAGCGUGACCACUGUGUUUCUAAGAAAAUAGAGUUCCUCUCCUACCAUGAGCCUCUGGGUAUCUGCUUGACAACAACCUCACUGUUAGGCACAUGUAUCUGUGUUGUUGUUCUGGGCAUCUUCAUCCAUCAUCACAGCACACCUAUAGUUCGUGCCAACAAUUCAGAACUCAGUUUUCUUCUCUUGGUGUCGCUCAAAUUGUGUUUCUUGUGUUCAUUGCUCUUCAUUGGACGACCUAGAUUAUGGACUUGCCAACUAAGACAUGCAGCAUUUGGCAUCAGCUUUGUGCUUUGUGUCUCAUGUAUCCUGGUGAAAACCAUGGUGGUUCUGGCUGUGUUCAGGGCCUCCAAACCAGGAGGUGAAUCUAGUCUGAAGUGGUUUGGUGCUGUGCAGCAGAGAGGGACAGUUCUGGUUCUGACUUCUGUUCAAGCAGCAAUCUGCACUGUCUGGCUUGUCUCUGCUUCACCAGUGCCUUAUAAAAACACCCAGUAUCACAGUGACAAGAUAGUUUAUGAGUGUAUAAUUGGUUCCACAGUUGGUUUUGCAGUUUUACUUGGUUAUAUUGGUUUCCUGGCCGUCCUCAGUUGUGUAUUAGCUUUUUUAGCAAGGAAUCUUCCAGACAGUUUCAAUGAGGCCAAACUCAUCACUUUCAGCAUGCUGAUCUUCUGUGCAGUGUGGGUGGCCUUUGUCCCUGCUUAUAUCAGCUCACCAGGCAAAUAUGCAGAUGCAGUGGAGAUAUUUGCCAUCCUGGCCUCCAGUUUUGGCAUCUUGGUGGCACUGUUUGGACCUAAAUGUUACAUAAUCCUGUUAAAACCAGAGAAAAACACAAAGAAGGCCAUCAUGGGUCGUGGCACCACAACAUUUCAAAGUUAAAACUGCUAUCUCUCUGGCUGCUCCACUCUCUAUUUUAGAAUUGACUCAUAUUUACCAGACAACAAUGGAGGGAAUAAAGAUAAUAAAUAAGCCAAUUACAUUAUUUAUUCUGUUGUUUUUCUCGAACCGCUUAUAUGUUAAUGGUCCAUAUUUAGUCAUGCCAUAUUAAAAUCAAUUUAUAGACAUGAGAACGAGGACCAAUUAUGAACAAGUUACAUGGCACGUCCUGUUUUGUGGCGAAAUGGAAGCUAAAUUCAAAAUGGCUGACUUCCUGUUGGGUCAAGUUUUAAUAGACAUGUUCAGGGUCAGUCUUUUGUGUCACAAAUGAAGUUUC